UUGUUGACUUGGGAGUGAAAGAGAGGGAGAGAGAGAAAGUGGUUACGGUGGUGGUUAUGGUGGUCGGCGUCACAACACCUGAAAAAUAAAAAAUAAAAUAAUAGUAGAAAGUAAGUGCUUGGCACAGCUCUUUCACCUCAUCAUCAUCAUUACAUUACUUCAACCACCACCACCUCAAACUCAUCAUUAUCAUCAUUAUAAUAUAACACACACGCAUACACUUUCAGUUUUCCUCAAAAACCUAGAUCUGAAUUCUAUCAAAUCAACUUCAGUUAUAAGGGGAGAGUUUGUGAUAUCGAGCUAUUAUUGUGCAAAUGCCGAAAUCUAGGCUGAACUUAUCAACGCAAGAAACAUUGUCAACGUCUCCUAGAGCGAGGGAGGUGGAAGGUCCUUCUAGAUGGAGUGAAUAUUUAAAUCAUGAAAUGGGAACUCCAAUGCCUUCUAGAACUUCACGAAAUAAUGGAUCUGAAGUAUCGUUUCAGCUUCCUGGUGUAUCACAUAAGGGGCUGAACAUGCAAUGGGUAUACCAGCUUACACAAGUUGCACAAGGACUAAUGGCCAAAAUCUAUAGAUUGAAUCAAAUAUUGGAUUAUCCAGAUUCUGUUGGUCAUGUAUAUUCUGAAGCAUUUUGGAAAGCUGGUGUGUUCCCAAAUUGUCCAAAGAUAUGUAUAUUGCUUUCAAAGAAGUUUCCUGAACAUCAUAGUAAAUUGCAACUUGAACGUGUUGAUAAGGUCGCUUUGGAUGCUUUAAAUGAUCAAGCUGAAGUUCACUUACAAAGUUUGGAGCCAUGGAUUCAGCUACUUCUUGAUAUGAUGGCAUUCCGGGAACAAGCUCUGCGACUCAUAUUGGAUCUGAGCAGUACUGUCAUUACUCUGUUGCCCCAUCAGAACUCUCUUAUCUUACAUGCAUUUAUGGACCUCUUUUGUUCGUUUGUCCGUGUCAAUCUCUUUGCUGACAAGUUGCCGAGAAAAAUGAUGCUCCAGAUGUAUAACCUUUUCCAUGCUAUGUUAAGAAAUGACCGAGAUUGUGAUUUUUACUAUAGGUUGGUUCAGUUCAUAGAUGCAUAUGAUCCACCAUUGAAAGGGUUACAUGAAGACCUGAAUUUUGUUAGUCCUCGCAUUGGGGAGGUUUUGGAGGCUGUGGGUCCUAUUAUAUUUUUGUCCACGGAUACACGAAAACUUAGAAAUGAGGGUUUUCUUAGUCCCUUUCAUCCUCGAUAUCCCGACAUCCUCACAAAUUCGGCUCAUCCAAUGAGAGCUCAAGAUUUGGCAAAUGUAACUUCUUAUAGGGAAUGGGCACUCUUUGGCUAUCUUGUCUGCCCCGAUGAGCUUCUUAGAGUAACCAGCAUUGACAUUGCUAUGGUGGUACUGAAGGAAAAUUUGGUUCUUACUCUAUUUAGGGAUGAGUAUAUAUUGUUGCAUGAGGACUAUCAGUUAUAUGUAUUGCCACGGAUAUUGGAAUCAAAGAAAAUGGCAAAAUCUGGGCGUACAAAGCAAAAAGAGGCAGAUUUGGAAUAUAGCGUUGCAAAGCAAGUUGAGAAAAUGAUAAGUGAAGUGCAUGAGCAAGCAAUUAUAUCCUGUGAUGCAAUUCAUCAUGAGCGGAGAAUACUAUUAAAGCAAGAGAUUGGAAGGAUGGUUCUCUUCUUUACUGACCAACCCAGUUUAUUGGCUCCUAAUAUUCAGAUGGUAUUUUCUGCACUAGCAUUGGCCCAAAGUGAAGUCAUUUGGUACUUUCAACAUGUUGGAAUCAGUUCAUCAAAAUCUAAAGCCAACCGUACAGUGGCUGUAGACAUAAAUGCAAAUGAUCCAACUGUAGGAUUCUUGUUGGAUGGAAUGGACCGCCUUUGUUGUUUAGUACGUAAAUAUAUUGCAGCUGUUAGAGGCUAUGCCUUAUCCUAUCUAUCAUCCUCAGCGGGCCGGAUUCGGUUUUUGCUCAACACUCCUGGAAUGGUGGCUCUGGACCUUGAUGCCACUCUAAAAGGACUUUUCCAAAAAGUUGUUGAGCAUCUAGAAAAUAUACCCAAGCCCCAGGGUGAAAAUAUUUCUGCAAUCACAUGUGAUCUAUCAGAAUUACGAAAGGACUGGUUAUCAAUUUUGAUGAUUGUUACGUCUGCCCGGUCAUCUAUUAACAUCCGCCACUUGGAGAAAGCGACAGUUUCCACUGGAAAGGAAGGGUUGUUAUCUGAAGGGAAUGCUCUGUACAACUGGUCCAGAUGUGUUGAUGAACUCGAAUCUCAGCUUUCAAAACACGGGAGUCUGAAAAAGCUGUAUUUCUACCAUCAACAUCUUACAACUGUUUUCAGAAAUACCAUGUUUGGACCCGAAGGGCGCCCCCAACAUUGUUGUGCAUGGCUUGGUGUUGCGAGUAGCUUUCCAGAAUGUGCGUCUACUAUUGUUCCGGAAGAGUUAACUAGAAUUGGUCGGGAUGCUGUUCUAUAUGUUGAGUCACUCAUUGAGUCUAUCAUGGGAGGGUUGGAAGGGCUAAUCAAUAUCCUUGAUUCUGAAGGAGGUUUUGGGUCCUUGGAGAUGCAGCUUCUUCCAGAACAGGCAGCGAUUCUCAUGAACCUGACGUCAAGACUGUCUAUUCCUUCAGCUAAAUCUCCAAGGGGCAUAUCUGGUUUGCAGUUACCAGGUUAUGAAAGCUAUCCUGAAAGUAAUAACUCCAUUAAAAUGCUAGAAGCGGCCAUGCAGAGGUUGACAAAUCUUUGCUCAGUUUUGAAUGACAUGGAGCCUAUAUGUGUUCUAAAUCAUGUUUUCGUCUUGAGAGAGUACAUGAGAGAGUGCAUUCUCGGGAACUUUAGGAGAAGGCUGCAUACUGUAUUGAAAUUAGAUACAGAUCUUCAACGUCCUACAGUUCUUGAAUCACUAAUUCGUAGACAUGUAAGCAUAAUCCAUUUGGCUGAGCAACACAUCAGCAUGGAUCUCACACAGGGUAUGCGGGAAGUCCUAUUGACUGAGGCUUUCUGUGGGCCCGUUUCAUCUUUACACACAUUCGACAAACCCGUUGACCAGCAGACCGGGUCAGCCAUUGAGGCUGUGUGCAAUUGGUAUGUUGAGAACAUAGUGAAGGAUGUAUCAGGAGCCGGGAUCCUUUUUGCUCCACGUCAUCGAUGCUUUAAAAGCACACGGCCCGUUGGCGGCUAUUUUGCUGAAGCCGUCACAGAUCCUAAAGAAUUACAAGCUUUUGUUCGUACAUUUGGUGGCUAUGGAGUUGACCGUCUUGACCGAAUGAUGAAAGAACACACAGCCGCUCUUUUAAACUGCAUUGACACAUCACUCAGAGCAAAUCGUGAAGCAUUAGAGGCAGUUUCAGGCAGCAUUCAUUCUGGUGACCGGAUAGAACGGGAAGCAAAUGUAAGGCAGAUUAUUGAUGUGGAAACAGUAAUUGGAUUCUGUAUUCAGGCGGGUCAAGCAAUUGCUUUUGACUCACUUUUAGCAGAAGCUGGUGGAGUGGUGCUUGCAGAAGGUGCACCGUUACUACACUCAUUAUUGACCGGGGUUGCAACACAUUUACCACUUGAAGUACCCGAGAAAAUAGAAAUUCGAAGGAUGAGAAGGGUGGCUAACAGUGUCGGAGUCGUAGCUGAUCAUGAUUCUGAGUGGGUGAGAGAGAUACUGGAGGAUGUUAGUGGUGCAAGUGAUAGUUCAUGGGGGUUUCUUCCUUACCUAUUUUCCACUUUCAUGACUUCUAAUAUCUGGAAUACUACUGCUUUUAAUGUUGAUACUGGAGGGUUCAACACUAACAUUCACUGUUUGGCAAGGUGUAUUUCUGCUGUGAUUGCUGGGAGUGAGCUAGUUAGAGUUGAAAGAGAACAGCAACGACAAUCCUAUUCAAAUGGGCAUGCUGGUGAUACUGCAGAGCCUGAAAUGCCAGAUCACCAGUCUGUUGAGUCAAAUAUAAAGUCGACAAUGCAACUCUUUGUCAAGAUUUCUGCAGGGAUUGCAUUGGAUUCAUGGAAUGAAGUUGACAGGUCUCAUCUGGUGGCAAAGCUAAUCUUUUUGGACCAAUUAUGUGAAAUCUCUCCAUACCUACCACGGAGUUCGCUAGAGAUGCACGUUCCUUAUGCUAUUCUACGCUCCAUAUAUAGUCAGUACUAUGGGAACUCUCCUUCAAAUCCUCUUGCACUACUAAGUAUAUCGCCACGCAGCUCUCCAGCUUUAUCAAUGGGCCAUGCUUCUCCAGCCAUCAGGCAUCCAUAUGGUGAUUCAACACCUCAAUCGAGUCAUGAUUCAGGUUACUUUAAGCCAGCAUCGGUGCAUGGUCAAGAUCAGCCUUUUGAGGGGCAUACAAGAAGCACUGACCACAAACAUAGAAAUGGAAGACGAUCAGGUCCGUUGGAUUAUAGUUCGAGCCAUAAAGUGAAGUCUGUGGAAGGGUCAGCUUCUGGUGGCAGCAGAGGUCCCAGUCCACUCCCCAGAUUUGCUGUGUCGAGGUCUGGUCCCAUAUCUUACAAAUAGAGACUGCUUGCAUAUAUUGUAAUAGAGAUUCAGGAAUGUAAAAUUUUCUUUAUCAAUAUCUACCUCGGAUGAACAAGUUGGUGAAGUUGAGUUUUAUAGAGUAAUUGACAAAUGACUGCUUUUGUCUAGUAA